AGCGCCGUCCGCCUCCAACAUUAACCCGGCUAUUUCGAGAAACUUCCAGCCCACUUUUCCCACGUCACUUCAAGGAAUCUUUAAAGCGUCCGUCGCCGGGAGUGAAACACGUUUCGGUACUCGACCGCAGCAGCAACAUGAACGGCGUGAAGACGCAGUCGCCGAUAUUGACGACGGCCAACAAUGACAACGACCCUCUCCCCCUCGGCUGGGAGGUCAAAAUCGACCCCCAGACCGGAUGGCCCUUCUUCGUGGACCACAAUAACCACACGACGACCUGGAAUGACCCGCGGCACGACGCGAAAAAGGUCAGAGAAGUGUCAGCCAAUGGACCCAACAUACCACCAGAACCAAGCCCCCAGGAGUUACAGAAAACCUUUGUGAGAGAGAUGAAGCACCCAAUUCUGCGCCCAGGUUACGUUCCUAUCCCUGUCUUCCACGAGGGCGCGGAACUGAGGCAGCAACAGCAUCCGUGUUUUUCCUACAUCCAUCCAAUCGCUGCACAGAAUAUCCGGUCUGACGGGCGGACGCCUUCCCCAACGCCAGGGCUCCACUGCAGGCCCAGAUCCCCUUUGCAUGGACCUUUGGAUAGCUGCUCCGUUGAGCCUGGAAAGGCCAGCUCGCCUGUUUCACACACAGCAGAGGUUUACACCGCCCCGCAUCACCAACCCCCGCGGCCCAGCAGCACUGGUCUUCAAGCAGGUUACAUCCCCAUCCCGGUGAUCCAUGAGGGUGGAGGAGGAGGCCAAACACAAACGCAGGCUCAGUUGAACCCCUCCGUCUACUCUCAGCGCAUCCCCUACUCGGAGCACCAGCAGCCCUUCUAUCGCCUUCAGAACGACGAAUGGCCGGGCUACACUGCAGCGAUGCCGCCCCCCCGGGAAAGAGCCUCUCCCGUUCCGAUUCCCCAGCAUCGCGACGCCACUUCUAUUCACCUCCAACCUCAUAUUAGAAGCCAGUCACCUAUUGUAACGCAGGUGCUGGGAGAAAGACCACAGGCACAGCAGCAUGUCCUCACCAGAGACCCGCCCCAGAAAAUAGAGCAGGAGCAACAAGGCACUCAGCAGAAACCCGAGAACGCGCAACUCCCCCAGCCAUUGCACACGGAAGCUGACGUCCAAAAACCUCAACAACCUCAACAGUUCCACCAACCACAACAGUUCCACCAACCACAACAGUUUCAGCAGCCACAACAGUUUCAGCAGCCACAACAGUUUCAGCAGCCACAACAGUUUCAGCAACCACAACAGUUUCAGCAGCCACAACAGUUUCAGCAACCACAACAGUUUCAGCAGCCACAACAGCCACAACAGUUUCAGAAACCACAACAGUUUCAGCAACCACAACAGCCACAACAGUUUCAGCAACCUCAACAGUUUCAGCAGCCACAACAGCCACAACAAUUUCAGCAGCCACAACAGUUUCAGCAACCUCAGCAGCCACAACAGUUUCAGCAUGCGUCACCUCAGACAUCCCCACCACCUCAGACAUCCCCACCACCUCAGACAUCCCCACCACCUCAGACAUCCCCACUGCCUCAGCAUCCCGAACAGUUUAUGCAGUCACAGCAACAGUUCCAGCCGCCCCAGAAACCAGAACAACCACCACCACAACAACACUCUGCAGAUAUCACAGUUCAAAUACCUCCAAAGCCCGAGCCCCAGGACACGACGGCUGAUCCCCCAGAGGUCCAACCUGUAAAGGUUGAGGCUGAACAGGCCGCCCAGUGCCCAGUCCACCCGGGCUUGGCUAAGGUGCAGCAGAUAGUCGGAAGGGUUGCUAAGCUGGAGCAGGAGGUGAAAAGCUUUGACGGAAAGAAGAAUGGUAAGAAGUACUUGUUACUAGAGGAGCUGCUGACCAAAGAGCUCUUAGCACUGGACACGGUUGACCCAGAGGGUCGUGUAGAUGUGCGGCAGGCAAGACGGGACGGAGUCCGUCGGGUUCAGACCAUACUGGAAGGACUGGAGCAACUGGAGGAGCAACCAGCCAGGCCUGCAAGUGAGACGGCGAUGGAGGGAGACGACCUGGCACCGAAAGGAGAGCCCAGAAUGAUCGCCAAGGAAAACGUCGAGCUGGCCAAGGAGAUAUCAUAAUGACUUCACACUUCAUAAUCAAGAAGGGAGAAGGAUAACCUGCUUUAUAUUUGAUUGAGAACGAGCCCGACCCGGCUAGCUCUCCUCCUCCUCCUCCUUUUAUCUACAGCAUUUGUGGAAGUUGCAUGCAUUGAUUAACGGUGUUGGUAUUUACUGCCAUUCAGCACAUACUUGAUGGUAGCUCAGCGAUCAUGUUUUUCAAGCCAAUGUUGUUGCCUUCUAUGUUGUGCCGAUGUCUUCAUAAUAAGACAGCUGUCAUGAUCAAGUUGUUGUCAACAAUUUCUAGUCAAAUUUAAGUUUGAAUAAGAGGCCUUUUACUAAAUAUAUGGUAAGAAAAGCAGAGGUAUUUUCUUAAGAAAUGUUACGUGUGGUUGCCUUUUGUCUUGAUCAAAUAUUGUACGGAGCUUUCCUUAAUCCAGUCAACGAAUCAGUCGGUACACAAAAGUGCAAACAUUGGGGCUUUAGAGCAGAACUCACUGCAAAACUCAGUCAACAGAAAAACGCAUUUCCCCCCUUUAUAGCCGCGUGGCCAUGGUGGAGCUGCUUUGUCCCGGAACACAAUGAAUAUGUCUGUUAGAUGCUGCUUUUUUGGGUGCAUUACUGAUUUUGCUGUCUUUGCCAUCAUUGAUAUGUAGUAUGCUGAAGCAUCAGCAGCACUUCAUUUGAAAUAUAUAAAUUACACGAGUUUUGAUUGACGUGUUUGUAUGUGCAUUGUUUUACUUGUUAUUUCAAACACUAUAUCAGUAUUUAUAUCAUAUUGUAUUUUGGUACAUUUAUGAAUGUGUGAUGACAAAUGGAGGCGAGAUAUGCAUCUUACUUGAGAUGUCAGACAAUCAGCACUUUGGUGUUGUUAGAAUGUAUAACUACCACAGCCACAAUGUGUAAUGACGCUAACACACAAAAACAGCCUGAAAGAGACGAAGAUCAAUCUGUCACUUUCAAACGGUUUGACAUUAUUUUUAAGAUGACGCUAAUUGUUUGUGUAGUAAUUUUGUCACUAUAAUACGAUCAUAAAGCCACCUGUGAGGUAUAUACGGGUCACUGCCUAACACACCUUUACAAAUGAUGGAUUGUGGUGUUGUGUUAAUCACAGUUUAUGAGUAGCAGACUGAUGCAUUGUUGAAAGCAAGUCACAUUGGCAUGUUUGAAAAUAAAAAAAACGUAUUUGACAUGGA